GGAGGGGAGGGUUGCCAAGAUUCUAAAUUUAAAAUGAACUGACUGGAAUUCCAUCCCACCCCAAUGACUCAACUGAGGGUUCCAGUAGCAUGCGAAUCCCCCUUGUUAGUGCAUUUACUGUAUGUGUCUGUGUGUUUAUUUGAUGUGUGUUUGUGGAGGGAUAUCACAGGUAAGGUCAUCCUGCUUCCUCUCAAGGUUUGAUUGAUUUAUUGAUUAGGGCAGGUGUGAGUACAGGUGUGAUUUUCUGUUUGAUGUUUUCUAUAGUUUAAAUAGUUUUAUAAUCCUCCUACAAUCUGAUGGAGCUCUGAAGUCCACUUCACAGGUUAUCUAUAUUGGAUUUAACACGACAACACACCUCAAUAAAUAACAACAAGGUCAGCAGUAAAACACAUCCACACACACACACACUCACACAUACACACACACCCUCCGUUCCCGACACCACAGGUGCGUUUGAGUUGAAGAGUGAGUCACAAAUGUCCCCCUACUCCUAUUUUAGGGUACCACUUUUAGACUCAGGGGAAUAGGCUCUGGACAAAAGCAGUGCACUACAGAAAAAAGGUGCUAUCUAGAACCAAAAAGGGUUCUUUGGCUGUCCCCAUUGGAGAACAUUUUGAACAACCCCCUUUGGUUCCAGGUACAACCCUUUUGGGUUCCACGUAGAACACUUUCCAAUGAGGGUUCUACAUGGAAUCCAAAAAAGUUGUACCUGGAACCAAAAAGGGUUUUACCUGGAACCAAAAAUGAUUAUCCUAUGGGGGACAACCACAGAACCUUUUUGGAACCCUUUUCUUCUAGGAGUGUACUGUAUAUAGGGGAAAGGGGUUCAUUUCAGAUCUAAUUAUGUUAAUAAGGGAGGGAACCUGAUCCAUCCAUACCUACCUGUCCUCCUUUUCCCUACACUACACUACAAUCCCAAAGCACUUCUCCUUUUCCACUCUACUGCUUUCCCCCUCUCCCCCUCUUCUUACUGACACCUCAACCCCCCGGCCCCUUGACUAUUUUUGACCGACACACUCAUUCAGACAGCUGGACUCAGAGUACAAAUCAAAACAACCAGGGCACACACACACACAUACACAUACAUCAAGAGACACGGUCAGGACAGAAGCUCUGACACACAAGCGCGCAGCACAGCAAGGAGUUGCUGGGUACAACAGGACAAACGUGACUGGGCCAGAACCCAGGCUGAGAACACAGACGGACAAUACACACAUACACACUUUUGCAGAAGAUAACACACACCCGUUAGAGCAGUGGAGAUGACUGACACGUCUGCAGCUGAAGAGGAGAAGGACCCUGAUAUUGAACUUUUUGUCAAGGCAGGGAGUGAUGGGGAGAGUAUAGGUAACUGUCCGUUCUCUCAGCGUCUCUUCAUGAUCCUCUGGCUAAAAGGAGUCGUCUUCAACGUCACUACAGUCGACCUGAAGAGAAAGCCGGCUGACCUCCAUAACCUUGCUCCAGGCACACACCCACCCUUCCUGACGUUCGAAGGAGAGGUGAAGACGGACAUCAAUAAGAUAGAAGAAUACUUAGAGGAUAUGCUGGCUCCACCCAGGUACCCUAAACUGUCAGCUAAGAACCGGGAGUCUAAUACGGCAGGAAACGACAUCUUUGCCAAGUUUUCAGCCUACAUCAAAAACAUCAGGCCAGAGAACAACGCAGUUCUAGAGAAAAGUCUCAACAAGGCAUUAGCCAAGCUGGAUGAGUUCCUUCUGUCCCCGCUGCCAGAGGAGCUGCAGGAUGGCAGAGAUGUGGCAGAAGGGGGGUCUAUACGGAAGUAUCUAGACGGAGACACAUUAACACUGGCCGACUGCAACUUGCUGCCCAAAUUACAUGUCGUCAAGGUGGUCGCUAAGAGAUACCGUAACUAUGAGAUCCCUGCAGAGCUGCGGGGUGUAUGGCGUUACAUUCAAAAUGCCUACAGGCGAGAUGAGUUUACCAACACCUGCGCGGCUGAUGCAGAGAUAGAACUAGCCUAUCAGGAUGUGGCCAAGAGGCUGUCCAAGUGAUAAUGCCUGGAAUCCUUACUCUGUGUAGUUUUUCAAAAUGAAUCAAAUCAGGUUUCAUUAAAUCCAUUAAAAUAACCCAGACUCAGUCAUAUAAAACCUAUUUUAGUAUAUCCUGCUUUCUUUCACACUUCUGGACUUUUAGACUUUUACUCAAAUAAUAGUUUUUUUAUAUAGUUCCAGCUGUCCCACAAAAAUACAUUUAAUAUUGCAAGAUGAACUUAAUUCAAGAUAUAUGAUCUUCGAUCUUUAUAAUAUGUUAAUAUUUGAACCGUUUUAGUACAGUAAAUUGGAGCAAAGAGCAGUAACCGAGGAUGAAGAGAAAGUGUUAUUUGAAUGGAAGAACCACAGUAGAUUUCAAUGAAUGGUUGGUUAGUAGAUGAAUGAAUGACAGGGCAUGUGAUUGUGAAGUGAAAGUGCUUUCCCAGACUGCACCAUCCUGUGGUCACAGAGUUGUUGUGUGAAUUGUAAAACCAGGAAUUGACAACAAAGUUUUCUUAUAACUAUACUGAUUUGAUCAUAAGUUAACAAAUGUUAAUGAGUGUUAUUGCUCUAAUUUAAAUAAUAAAUAUAUUUUCUCAUAAA